CACAGCGCGCAAACUCUCGCGGAGUUAGCAACAGAUUUGACCAAAAUGCCACUGCGCAGCUAUUUCCGGGUCAUGAGGAGGCUGUGGAGGACGGCGAGAAAGGCGGAGUGAUCACCGGAGAGAUUUCGGAGUAAACCGAUCGGCCCGUCGAUUGUUUUUGCUUUGCUAACCGCGGCGGUGCAUGGCUAACAGCGGCUAACCUCAGCUAGCUGACCGCAGACUGACAGCCCGACCCGCUCGGUCACAUGAAGCGAGUUUAGCCGGAGGAAGGAUGGCGGAGCGGGAUUUGUCCCCGGGAGAUCACCCUCUGCAGUCAUCCUCAGAGGUUUUGGAAAGUUCAGGGGGACAGAAUUCGUCGGAUGAAAAUGGACACGUUGAUAGUCCCGAUGAGACUCUGUCUCCGACCUCCGUGAUCUACUUUAAGGAGGCUUUACACUCCUCCAACCUGAGAUUUGGGAAGGCUGGCUCGCUGUCACCCGCUCCGCUCCGACAGUUUGACUUCAGGAUCGAAAGAAUCGAUUCGAAACGCAAAAAUCCAAAGGACCCCAUUGCAAUCGAAAGGCUUAACUUGAUGAACAUGGCCAAACUGAGCAUCAAGGGCCUGAUCGAGUCCGCCCUCAACCUCGGACGCACGCUCGACUCUGACUAUGCACCUCUCCAGCAGUUCUUUGUCGUGAUGGAGCACUGUCUGAAACAUGGGUUGAAAACCAAGAAGACGUUCCUGGGGCAGAACAAGUCAUUCUGGGGGGCGUUGGAGCUGGUCGAGAAGUUGACGCCUGAGGCGGGAGAGAUCACCGCCAGUGUGAAAGACCUGCCCGGCCUCAAAACGCCUUUAGGAAGAGGGCGCGCCUGGUUACGACUGGCCUUGAUGCAGAAGAAGCUCUCGGACUACAUGAAGACCAUCAUCAACAGAAAGGACCUGCUCAGUGAAUUCUACGAGCCGAAUGCGUUGAUGAUGGAGGAGGAGGGAGCUGUCAUCGCCGGGCUGCUAGUCGGACUAAAUGUCAUCGAUGCCAAUCUGUGUAUGAAGGGAGAGGACUUGGACUCUCAGGUCGGAGUGAUCGAUUUUUCAAUGUACCUUAAAGAUGGUGGACACAGUAGUAAGAGUGCAGAGGGUGACGGUCAGAUCACAGCGAUUCUCGAUCAGAAAAACUAUGUCGAGGAGCUAAACAGACAUUUAAGCGCGUCAGUUAAUAACCUCCAGGCCAAGGUGGACGCUUUGGAGAAGUCGAACACCAAGUUAACAGAAGAGCUCGCAGUGGCAAAUAACAGGAUCAUCACUUUACAAGAGGACGUGGAGAGAGUAAAGGAGGAGAGCUCGUACCAGCUGGAAUCCAGGAAGGCAUCAAGAAGCGACUCAGCACCAGACGGACAAGCGCUGGGCGAAACACGAAAGCAGCUCAAAGAGGAAACUCUGCUCAGAUUGGAUGUAGAGAAGGAGCUGGAGGUGCAGAUCGGGAUGAAGCAGGAGAUGGAGCUGUCGAUGAAGAUGCUGGAGAAAGACAUCUGUGAGAAGCAGGACGCUCUGGUGGAGCUCCGACAGCAGCUGGAAGACCUUCGUGCCAUCAACCAACAGCUCAGCCACAAGUCACAGAGUGCAGACGCCGGCUCUAAACAGAAGAGUGAAGCCAUCGCUCGCCUGGAGGAGAAAAUAAACCAGAUGACAGGGACUGUAAAACAGAUGGAGACCAGAUGCAAACAGGCUGAGAGAGAGAGGGAUCUGGCUUUAGAGGCCAACCGGCUCUUCAAACAGGAGUUUGGAGACAAAAUCGAGAGUCUGCAGACGGAGGUGGAGCAGCUGAGGAGGCACAGGUCUCAUCUGGAGCUGGAGUUGAGAAAAGAACGAGAGCGAAGAAGUGAGCAUCAUCCCAACGCUGCGUCCGGACAGGCCAGUACUCCUCGCAGGGAGCGGAGACACCCAGAGAACAUACCAAAGCGUCCUCCAGAAUCCCCGUCAGUCAAAAGUGAGAAUGACCAGUUACUCACAGCAGCAGACGACAAAACAAGCCUCAGCUCCAGCUUGUCCUCAAGAUCACAUCAUGAGGAUGAACAGGAAGAGUCCUUUGUGGAGAUCAGUCAGCCUUCCAUCUGUACGCUGUGUGAGCAGGACGACUCCCUGCUGAAGACAAAGAAACAGUGUAAGAACUGCAGCGGGGUUUUCUGUGAGAGCUGUGUGUCCAAUGAGCUGCCGUUACCUUCCUCCAUUCUCCCAGAGACCGUGUGCUCCGCCUGCUUCUCUCUGUUACUCCAACAAUACGCUUCAACGCCAACAUGAAGCAACGCGACACGAUGAUCGGACACAUGGAAACAUUCAGAGGCAUUUAUUUUGUACAACUGGCACUGCGAAAAUGCACUUUUUGACUUCAUGAUGCUAUGAAAGAUCUGAAGGAGUCCUGGGAGUUCUGGAUAUUUUAGUUACUUUAAGUAAGUGAAGUCUAAACAUGAGAGCUGUUUGGAUGCAGGUUUUCAUUUUUUAAAUACUGGUGUCGCCGUAACUCUUCCUUUCUGGCUGUGUUGAGCUGCUGUGGUAUUUCUUUAGUGAAAACCUACUCCCAAAAACGCUGUAAAACGGCGCCUGAGUGGAGAUUUCUGAUAUAAAAUGACAACUUGAAUCAUCUCAUGCAUGAAAAACUAACUUUCCACAAGGUCCACUGAGUGGAUCGUUAAGUAAAAGGUCAACAACUGUAUAUUUUAUAACUAUAAUUUAGUUUUAAAAGAUGAGAAAAGGAAAAAUAUGCUCCAUAAUAACACAGCUGUUAAUCGCAUACACGUCAGUGUGUGAUGUAAGUGGUGAUGAAUCAGAUUUUUCAUCAUUUCACUCAGACAAAGCAUUCAUUUUGUACACUUCUGAGCUCAAAGUGGCAUCUAAUUCAGGGCAAUACUGACAAAAAAAUAUGCCAAACUCGUUUGACCAAAUACAGUUUUGGUAAAGACUUUAUGUGCUGCCAGAAGCUUUUUAUGCACUCUGAAAUUGUAAAAAAAAAAAAAAAAAAAAAA